AUGUCGAGCAAGGCCGCAUUGAAAGCUGUUCGGACAGCUUUGGACGCCAAAGAUUUUGGUGCUGCUGCUGAAAAAGCUAGGGCACUGUUACAGAAAGAUCCCCAAAAUUACCAUGCCGCUGUUUUCCUCGGACUUGCGAAUGACAAAUUGAACCAAAAUGAGGCGUCAGAGGACGCGUAUCUUGCUGCGACGCGGAUCAAAGAGAAUGAUCGCAUCGCUUGGCAGGGCCUAAUUAGCUUGUACGAGAAACAAGGCGGGUCGAAGCUGGAUGCGUAUCAUGACGCUGUUCUCAAGCUCGGUAAAAUUUUCGCUGAUAGUGAUGAGAAGGAAAGAUGCCAGGAUGUUGUCGACAAAUACAUGAAAUUGGCCAGGAAGAACAACGACAAAUCGAAAUACAAGAAGGCCCUCGAACUGCAACUCCCAAGCUCCCCUCUCUACGCCUUCCUUGAAGGCCGGCUACCCCACCCAUCCCUGACAUACCUCCGCAUGAUCGAGAUUACGGAGUCCGAGGAGAAAGAAUACAUCAAUCGAGAAAUUGGUGAACGGAGAACCCGUCUUGGUGCAACAAAAGAGAAUGUCACUCUUGAAGUCAAACGAGACGCGUUUAGACGGAGCAAGCUGGAGGAGCUGUACCGGGGUCUUAUCGAUUGGACAAAUGAUGAUGCUGUUCGUCGCCAGUACGAGGAGAAGCUGCUCGAGCGCGCUUGCGAGGAGCUUGAGUUCUCUUCUGCGGGUAAAAAACCUGCGAAACGGAAGGAGAUCCUUCGCUCCGCACAGGACAUGGUCAUCAUCAAGCAUCCUUUUGAGCUCGCUUGGAACAUUGUGCUCGAGUGGAAGGACAUUGAAGAAUACUCGCAAUGGGAUGUGAAUGUCUUACGCGAGUUUAUCGAGUUCUUUCCGGACACCGGAUUGGCAAAGGUUCUCAAAGGAUUUCUCGCAAGCGAGUUGUCUCCAUUCCCACAGGAGGACUCUGAAAGCGACGCAGAGAAGAAGAUUGCCAAAAAAGACACCGAGACUGCUGAAGCAUUUGAGGACCCCGAUGCCAAUGAGAUCAACGAGACAGGCACUGCAGAUAUGUUGAUUCUCAUGACCGAGGGUCUGGACAUGGCUCCUUCAUCGAUAAUUGCGCACCGGAUCAUGGCAGAUCUCUACCUCCUCCUUGAGGAGUAUGAAAGCACCGUCGAUGUGGCUCGGAAGGGACUCCGAAAUGUCGCAGAAUUUGUGAGGUACACUGGGUGGAAAUCCCAAAACACAACAGAUGCCUUGAACAUCAUUCUCGCCAAUGCUUUGAUUCCCUAUCAGUCGCCUCGGCACCACCCAGAGGCCAAGACGAUCUUUGAGAAUAUUCUCCAACAAAAGCCCGCCUCUACUGUCUGUCUCCUGGGUAUUGGUCUGGUUCUGAAAGUCGACCAGGACUAUGAGAAUGCUGCCGAAUUUUUGGGACGCGCCCUAGAGCGUGAUCCAACGAACAUCAAGAUACGUGGUGAGCUCUUUUGGUGCAAAGCAUUAAACGGUGACCUACAGGCCGGUCUUGAUGGUCUUCAAGAUGCCCUCGAAAGCCUGAAAGCGGAACAACCUCAAAAUAAGUCGUUCAAAGCUGAGCUGCUUUAUCGGGUUGGCUACUGCCAGUGGGAAUUGGAUUCAUCCGCAGCGGCUCGCAAAGACCGCAAUGGGGCCUAUGCAAGCUUCCUGGCUUCUAUCAAAGCUAACAUGAAUUAUGCGCCUGCCUACACCAGCCUUGGCUUGUACUAUGCGGACUACAAGAAAGACAAAACCAGAGCACGCAGAUGUUUUCACAAAGCCUUUGAAAUAUCUUCAUCGGAGACCGAGGCUGCAGAGCGUCUUGCUCGAGGGUUCGCUAACCAAAAGGAGUGGGAUCUGGUUGAGGCGGUUGCACAGCGGGUUGUCGACUCUGGAUACGCCAAGCCUGCCCCAGGCUCGAAGCGUAAGGGGCACAGUUGGCCAUAUGCAGCCCUUGGAACGGUUGAGAUUAACAAGCAGCAAUACUCAAAGAGUAUCGUCUCGUUCCAAGCCGCGCUGCGGAUUAGCCCCGACGAUUACCAUUCCUGGGUUGGUCUAGCAGAGAGCUACCAUCACUCUGGUCGAUACAUCGCCGCGACCAAGGCAUUCGAUCAUGCACGGGAACUGGAGUCGAAUCUCUCGAGCGAAGAAAAAGACCAUAUUUGGUUUGCGCGAUACAUGAUGGCCAAUGUCAAGCGGGAGCUUGGCGUUUACGAUGACGCGAUCGCUAGUUACGAGGACGUGCUGGCCACUCGCCCCAAUGACAUCGGCGUCACGAUCGCACUUCUCCAGACUUUGGCUGAGAGCUCUUGGAAGAGCCUUGAUUCAGGCCUGUUCAAUGAUGCCGCGGAACUUGCCUGCAAGGUCAUCCAAGUCGCUGGAUCGCUUGUGACUGUUCAGAAUGAUAUCUUCAAUCUAUGGAAGUCGGUUGGCGAUGCCUGUUCCAACCUUACCUACAUCAAGAAGAAGGUUGGAAAGCUCGCGAUUGCGGACUGUAAGACUUUGCUGCUUUCUGGUGUCGACCCCCUCGCCCUCGAUCUCAUGACCGAGGUGGAUGGUGUGGGGCAAGCUUGGCUAGAAGCAAGUGAUGGCGAUGAGGGCGUCUCACCUGAUUUCUGUAUUUUCAUGUCUAUUCUGGCAUACAAGCGUGCCAUUCACGUUUCCACGCAAGACACUCACGCUCAAGCCGUUGCAUGGUACAACCUUGGCUGGGCCGAGUACAGAGCAUACCGGAGUGUGCAACUUGGCUCCGGUAGUAAGAGCAAGAAGCCCCGAAAAUUCCUGAAGGCUUCAAUGCGAUGCUUCAAGCGGGCAAUUGAGCUAGAAGCCGGCAACUCGGAAUUCUGGAACUCGUUGGCCGUUGUGACUACGAGCAUGAGUCCCAAGGUGGCGCAGCAUGCAUUUGUGCGAAGCUUGCAUCUAAACGAUCGCAGUGCUCAAGUUUGGACGAACCUGGGUGCGUUGUAUCUUCUGCACAACGACAUCCAGCUUGCCAAUGAGGCGUUUACGCGUGCUCAGUCAACGGAUCCGGACUACGCUCAGGCAUGGGUUGGGCAGGGCUUCCUUGCGCUCCUCUAUGGAGAUUCUAACGAGGCACGGGGUCUAUUCGAACAUGCAUUUGAUAUUUCCAACUCAUCCUCGAUGCUUCCAAAGCGUCAAUAUUCCCUUACAUUGUUUGACCACUUGCUGGGAGACCCUUCGACCUCAAACGAAGUUUCGCAGCUGAUCCAGCCAUUCUUCGCCCUCCAUCAGCUCUGCGCUCAGGAUCCAUCUGACCUGCCUUUCAUGCAUCUAUCUGCCUUGCUCGCCGAGCGAAUGGGUGAAGUUGCCGACGCCGAGGCCAGCUUGGAGGUUGUUUGCUCAGGCAUGGAGGCGGAGUUUGAAGAAACGGAAUCGCCUGCAUCGCUCUCGCGGUUUGCUCAGGCAAAUUCAGACAUGGCUCGAGUACUUCUGGCGAACCACCGCUACGAGGAGGCUGCAGAGAAGGCCGAGACUGCUAUCACGCUGUCCGGGGAAGAAGAUGCUGAGAAUUUUGACCCUGAGGCAUGCAGCAAGCUCCGGCUGUCGGCGCAUCUCACAGCAGGCUUGGCCUACUAUUUCACGAAGUCCAUGGACCAGGCAAUUGAUAUGUUCCGUGACGCUCUUCAAGAGGCCAACAACGCACCCGAUGUGGUGUGUCUCCUCGCCCAAGUGCUGUGGGCCAAAGGUGGCGAGGAGGAACGCUCUGUUGCUCGCCAGCAGCUUUUCGAUUGCGUGGAAAACCACCCUGACCACGUCGGAGCCGUGACGCUUCUUGGAGCCAUCGCACUUCUCGACCAAGAUCGAGAUGCGAUCGAGGCCGUGGAGUCUGAUCUGCACAAUAUGGUUACACGGGAUGAUAUAGAUAUCCAUGACCGCGGCAAGGUUCUGAAACUGCUGGCUGCCAUUUCGGCAAUGGGAUUCACCGAAAAAGCCGAUCUUCCUGAGGAUCUUCGUCAGAUCGGUGAAGCCACUGCUGCCGUCAUGCUGUCUCCGGGACAGCCACAGGGCUGGAUGGAAUUGUCUGCUGUGUCUGACAGCUCGUACCCAGCAGAAAUGGCCAUCCAACGGGCUCUCCGCAGCGUGCCCCCUCACAGCAACCUAGACGCCUCGGAUCUCAGCCAGGCAUAUGCCCAAGCUGGCAAGGCUACAGAUGUGUUCAGGGCUAUCAUGGUUGCACCAUGGAGGAAGGAAGGCUGGGAGGAGUUGAACGAUGGCAUAACCGGUCUGGUGGCAUAG